CCGUGAUUUGCGGGGUGCCCGUCGUUUUCAGACCUUUCUUGUGGGGCCUAUAUUUAAUAUGGGAUCUAUAUAAGAACCCGCAAAAUAUGUGCGCCUUAAAUGUGUUAACUUUCAUACUGGAAGCAUCCUAUAGCAAUUACGCGCAAGUCGGUCUUAAAUUGAAAUUAAAAUAGAGUUGUCUCCCCUACUCCAGGUCAGUAAAGAACCCAUCUCUACAUCAUCUAGACGCUUGCACAUUGUGUCACACCGGUCUUACUGACGUCACCAUUUAUGUAUAGAAUGGACGCUUGCAUAGAACCCGCAAUUUUAUGUAUGCCCCGCAGUUAAAGCGCGUGAAGUGAUAUAGAACACGAAGAUCAGAAAAUGGCGGCAGUUAACGGGUGUUACAUGUGAUAUUGAAAAUUAAUAGAUCUACAGUACUCAGUAAUGAUGUAUUUCAAGGAAAUGAGACCAAGAAGAAAGAAACAGGAGAAUGUGGCAGCAGACUGCAUUGAUUCAGGGGAGGACCUCAAAGAUUUUGUUAUUGAACAUAUACCACCAAAAGGUCUUGGUGUUAGAACAACAAUAAAUAGAACAAAAGGAGAUUUCUUAAUGAUUUAUUCCGGCGAACUGAUAACAGAAAGAGAAGGGGAAGAACGUGAAGAACGUGAACCAUCCGUGUUUAGAUACUUCUUCCAAUAUAAAAGGAAAGGGUGGUGUAUGGAUGCUACUAGUGAAUUAGAUGUUGGGCCUCGGCUAGGUCGUCUGGUGAACCACGGUGGUAAAGGUAGAAAUUGUGUUAUGAAAACCCUGGAGUUCAACAAAAGGCCAUAUCUUUGCUUGUUUGCUGCUAAAGAUAUUCCACAAGGUGAAGAGUUACUGUAUGAUUACGGCAUUAAGGAUUUGCCUUGGGAGAGAAAAGCUGACACAGAAUUGGUGGCCGCUACUGACAAUCUGGAGAACAUGCUGGAGGCCCAGACUACAGACAAUCUGAAGAACAUGAAGGAGGCCCAGACUACAGACAAUCUGGACAACACGCUGGAGGCCCAGACUACAGAUAAUCUGGAGAACAUGCUGGAGGCCCAGACUACAGACAAUCUGGAGAACAUGCAGGAGGCCCAGACUACAGAUAAUCUGGACGAAAUGCUGGAGGCCCAGACUACAGAUAAUCUGGAGAACAUGCAGGAGGCCCAGACUACAGACAAUCUGGAGAACACACUGGAGGCCCAGACUACAGACAAUCUGGAGAACAUGCUGGAGGCAGAGGCUACAGACAAUCUGGAGAACAUGCAGGAGGCCCAGACUACAGAUAAUCUGGACGAAAUGCUGGAGGCCCAGACUACAGAUAAUCUGGAGAACAUGCAGGAGGCCCAGACUACAGACAAUCUGGACAACACACUGGAGGCCCAGACUACAGACAAUCUGGAGAACAUGCUGGAGGCAGAGGCUACAGACAAUCUGGAGAACAUGCAGGAGGCCCAGACUACAGAUAAUCUGGACGAAAUGCUGGAAGCCCAGACUACAGAUAAUCUGGAGAACAUGAAGGAGGCCCAGACUACAGAUAAUCUGGAGAACAUGCUGGAGGGCCAGACUACAGAUAUUCUGGAGAACAUGCUGGAGACCCAGACUACAGAUAAUCUGGAGAACAUGCUGGAGGCCCAGACUACAGACAAUCUGGAGAACAUACAGGAGGCCCAGACUACAGAUAAUCUGGAGAACCCGCUGGAGACCCAGACUACAUAUAAUCUGGAGAACAUGCUGGAGGCCCAGACUACAGACAAUCUGGAGAACAUGCUGGAGGCCCAGACUACAGACAAUCUGGAGUUAAUUCUGGAGGCCCAGACUACAGACAAUCUGGAAAACGUGCGGGAUGCCCAGACUAUAGACAAUCUGGAGAACAUGCUGGAGACCCAGACUACAGACAAUCUGGAGAACAUGCUGGAGAUCCAGACUACAGACAAUCUGGACGAAAUGCUGGAGAUCCAGACUACAGACAAUCUGGACGAAAUGCUGGAGGUCCAGACUAAAGACAAUCUGGAGAACACGCUGGAGGCUCAGACUACAGACAAUCUGGAGAACAUACUGGAGGCCCAGACUACAGACAAUCUGGACGAAAUGCUGGAGGCCCAGACUACAGAUAAUCUGGAGAACAUGCUGGAGGCCCAGACUACAGAUAAUCUGGGCAACAUGCUGGAGGCCCAGACUACAGAUAAUCUGGGCAACAUGCUGAAGACACAAAUUAUGACUGAGGAGCAGGUACACCCCAGCAAGAUACAGGACCAGAUCUCCGGUAAUAAUGCCCUGAUGAAGGAGAUGGCUGUGCGACUUACCAGCCUUAAGUCUAUACAGACAGCUGCAGAGGAGCUGAUCAAACAAGCCACUGAUUUGCAGGAUGGUGAUGCGAAAGAUAUUCCUCAUGGCACCAACAAGUUCUGGGAUGAACUGCAACAGUUGACACAUACGCUGAAGCACAUGUCUGACAGGCUUGGCAAUCAGGAGCCCACGGUGGAGCCCACGGUGGAGCCCAGCCUCAUCCGGGAACAGCAGGAAACACUAGAGAUCUCCAGUGAUGAAGAAGUGAUCAAUGUUGAUAACAAUGAUGAAGAUGAUGAUGAGGUGAUAGUGAGGAAAUCGCAGCUCAAGAAAAAAGGAAGAAGGAAACCUAAACUGUUUGAUUUAGGUACGCUGCAGUUUAUAAUUAAAAUGUUAUAG